AUGUGGAAGUGGAGCCUGUCCGUUGGGAAAGAGAUUAAACCUCUCCGGGGGCCAAGGGAGGGCGGCACGCUCGUGACUAUUCGUGGCGAGAACCUGGGCCUGGAUUUCAGAGAGAUCCAGGACAACGUGAAGGUGGCCCAGGUGGAUUGCACCCCCAUACGAGAGGGCUACAUCCCUGCUGAGCAGAUUGUCUGUGAGAUGGGUAAAGCAGAGAAGAGCCAGUACACUGGGAACGCGGAGGUCUGUGUCGGGGUUGGAGAGUGCAGACCAGAAUUCAUGGCAAAGUCCUCCAAAAACUACUAUUUUGUGAUCCCAAGGAUUAUCAACCUGAAGCCCAGCCGAGGUCCGGUCUCUGGAGGAACCAUCGUCAACAUCACCGGCAGCCACCUUGACGCUGGGAGCAACGUGUCAAUCAUGUUUAAGGACCAGCCGUGCACUUAUCUGAGGAGGGGGGGUCAGUGGCUCACCUGUCGCACCCAUGCGUCCCUGAAUGGAUUCGGAAACGUGUCUGUGUCUGUGAACAUAGACAGGGCUCAUCUCCAGAAAGACCUGCGCUUUGAGUAUGUUGAAGACCCAACUAUCACCAGGAUAGAGCCUGAGUGGAGCAUCUACAGUGGAUAUACCCCAGUGACUGUGACAGGAACUAACCUGGACAUUAUCCAGACCCCUCUCAUCAGAGCCAAAUAUAACAACCAUGAGACACUCAAUCUGUGCCAGGUCCUCGGCCCCACCACCAUGCUGUGCCAGGCCCCGGAGCUGUCCAUCAGCCUGGCCCGGCAGCAGGAAGUGCCUGAGAGGCCUGAUGAGUUCGGCUUCAAACUGGACGACGUGAUGGCUCUGAUGGCACUCAACAACAGCAACUUUAUCUACUACCCCAAUCCUGAGUUUGAACCUCUGAGUGUGUCGGGGGUGCUGGAGCUCAAACCUGGAUCCCCCAUUAUACUGAAGGGGCGGAACUUUCUUCCACCAACCAAUACUGGGAAUGGAAAGCUGAACUACACAGUUUUCAUUGGAGAGAAGCCCUGCAUGUUAACAGUGUCAGAGACCCAGCUGCUCUGUGAGUCACCGAACCUGACGGGCCGACACAAGGUCCUGGCACGUGUGGGUGGAAUCGAGUUCUCCCCAGGUGUGGUCCACAUCAUGUCCGACAGCCCCCUCAGCAGCACAGCUAUCAUUGGCAUUGCUGCAGCCGGAGCUCUCCUCAUCCUCUUCAUCGUGGUUGUGCUCAUUGCCUACAAGCGCAAGUCUCGCGAGAGUGACCUGACCCUGAAGAGGCUGCAGAUGCAGAUGGACAACCUGGAGUCCCGCGUGGCUCUGGAGUGCAAAGAGGCUUUCGCAGAGCUCCAGACAGACAUCCAUGAGCUGACCAGUGAUCUGGACGGAGCAGGAAUCCCCUUCUUGGACUACAGGACCUACACCAUGAGGGUCCUAUUCCCAGGCAUCGAGGAGCACCCUGUACUCAGAGAUCUGGAGGUGCCAGGCUACCGGCAGGAGCAAGUGGAGAAGGGGCUGAAGCUGUUCGGCCAGCUCAUUAACAACAAGGUCUUCCUGCUGUGUUUUAUUCGCACUCUGGAGGCCCAGCGUGGUUUCUCCAUGAGGGACCGUGGCAACGUGGCCUCACUUAUCAUGACAGUAUUGCAGAGCAAGUUGGAGUACGCCACUGAUGUCCUCAAACACCUGCUGUCUGACCUUAUAGACCGCAACCUUGAGAGCAAGAACCACCCCAAGCUGCUGCUACGAAGGACUGAGUCCGUUGCAGAGAAAAUGCUGACCAACUGGUUCACGUUCCUCCUCUACAAGUUUCUCAAGGAGUGUGCAGGCGAACCUCUCUUCUCCCUCUUCUGUGCCAUCAAGCAGCAGAUGGAGAAAGGCCCCAUUGACUCCAUCACAGGAGAAGCCCGCUACUCGCUCAGCGAAGACAAGCUCAUCAGACAACAGAUUGACUACAAGACGCUGGUGUUGAACUGCAUCCAUCCAGAGAAUGAGAAAAGCCCAGAGAUCCAGGUGAAGGCGCUGAACUGUGACACCAUCAGCCAGGUGAAGGAGAAGAUCCUGGACGCCAUCUACAAGAACGUCCCACACUCCCACCGCCUGAAAGCCUCCGACAUGGACCUGGAAUGGCGUCAGGGUCGUGGACAGCGUGUGAUCCUGCAGGAUGAAGACGUCACCACUAAGAUCGAAGGUGACUGGAAGAGGCUGAACAUGCUGUUCCAUUACCAGGUACCUGAUAAUGCAGUGAUGGCUUUGGUUCCAAAGCAAGUUACAGCUUACAAUUCAGUCAACAACUCCACUGUGUCUCGAACUUCUGCAAGUAAAUAUGAGAACAUGAUCAAGUACACUGGAAGCCCCGACAGCCUGCGCUCCCGUACUCCUAUGAUCACUCCUGACCUGGAGAGCGGGGUCAAAGUUUGGCACCUGGUGAAGAACCAUGAGCACGGAGACCAGAAGGAGGGCGACCGCGGCAGCAAGAUGGUCUCUGAAAUCUACCUGACACGACUUCUGGCGACUAAGGGUACGUUACAGAAGUUUGUGGACGACCUGUUCGAGACCAUCUUCAGCACGGCCCAUCGGGGCAGCGCCCUCCCACUGGCCAUCAAAUACAUGUUUGACUUCCUGGACGAGCAGGCCGACAAACACAGCAUCCACGACCCGCAUGUCCGACACACAUGGAAGAGCAACUGCCUACCUCUGCGUUUCUGGGUGAACGUCAUCAAGAACCCCCAGUUUGUGUUUGACAUCCAUAAGAGCAGCAUCACAGACGCUUGUCUGUCUGUGGUGGCCCAGACCUUCAUGGACUCCUGCUCCACCUCAGAACACCGCCUUGGAAAGGACUCCCCCUCCAACAAGCUGCUUUAUGCCAAGGACAUUCCCAGCUACAAGAGCUGGGUGGAGAGGUACUACUCCGACAUUGGUAAGAUGCAAGCGAUCAGCGACCAGGACAUGAACGCCUACUUGGCAGAACAGUCACGGAUGCACGUGAACGAGUUCAACUCCAUGAGCUCUCUCAGUGAGAUUUACUCCUAUGUGGAAAAAUACACUGAGGAGAUUGUGUGUUCGCUGGAGGAAGACGAAGCAGCCCGAAAACAGAGGCUGGCCUUCAAGCUGGAGCAGGUGGUGGCCUUCAUGAGUCUGGAGAGCUGAGGACCGCACUUCCCAGGGCGCACUGGGAAAAGACCCCAUCAGAAACCGAGCCGUGCCUGAGCGAAGACCUGUCCCCAUCUUUUUCAUCAUGUGACUUCCUCCCUCCGCCUUUCAAAGAUGAUGACUUCUUCCUUGACCUUUUUUCUGCUUCCUCUUCCCCGAGAGAUAAUUUGUUUUCCUCAUCCACUCUGCUGCAUAGACUAUUUUACCUGAAGAUAUCUGAGGGGUGGUCCAGGGCUGAGUUUGGCGUUUCCCCACAGUGCAAUGCAGGGAUCCCUCAGCUUCACCACAGAGAAGGCUUCAAGGGGUGAUUGCUUGAAAGCUGGCCACAUUGGCAUACUUAGUCCCCCUGCUGGAAGAAGAGAGGGGAAAAACAUUUUUAUGUUGCCUUCAAGAAUUUACACCGAUAGGUAAUUCUUUAAAAACCACAAUGAUGGUUAUCCAUUUUGUUGAGAACUUUUUUCAAAAUAGGAUAGUUAAGAUAAACCAUCUCUGCGGUCCAGUUAUGUAGUUCUAUAUUAAGUGUACGGAAUAAAGAGGAAACAUCACAAAUGAUGACUGCAAGCCAAAUGAACAUCUGAAGAAAAGGAUGGUUUGCCAAGUUUACACUGUACCUACAAGCGAAGCAUACAUAUCUGCGAAAUUUGGGGCGAGUCCAGGCAAACCUAGAAUGUUCUUUUGUUCUUUAAUGUAGCUGGAGUUUUAUUUAAGAAAAAGACUGAUGGGGAAAGGGAAGGUUUAGUGGUUCUCUGAACUUUUCCGCUAUUGAAAUGUGACUGACAUAAAAACUUGACAAACCAGAGCAUCCCAGAUCUAUAUCACUUUGCAACAUUCGCACAUUUUUCCCUGCCCAGCAUACAUUACUUCAAAGAAAAUGCUCAUGAUUUCUGCUUCCAUCUGGCUUAUGUGGUUACUGCUAAAUUAAACUAUUAGACAAAACCCUAGAGGCCCCGACCCAAGUUGGAUCCUCUGUUAGAAGCACACUACCGACCCUGGACCACAGUGUUCUGACUGCUGAUCAAACACCACGAGCAGUCCUCGUCUUGUGUCGCCGGUGCUGCGACGGUCUAUCAAAGCACACACACGCACAGAAACACACACAAUCAGCAGCUGCACAAGAUCCUGACUGCCCAGAUAUGUACGCCAACCCUAGCGGAGGUAAAAGGAAAGCUGACUGAAAUGUACUGGGUAAGAAACUGCUUCAACAUUAACAAUAAGAAGAAUGAUUCAAUGCAGCUCUGCUCCCUGAAGGGGUCUGCUGUGAGAGUAGCACUCCUUUCCCAGGAUGUUCUUACUUAAAGACUUUUGUGUGGAGAAAUCAAACGAGAUGGACUAAGUCGGUCAGCCAAAAACCAAAGGAGCUUGACAUUUUCAAAACGGUCAAAAAUGUAUUUGUAAAGUGCCACUGAGGAACGGACAAAAAAAGGACUAUGUAAAGUCAACCACUUCUAGGACAAAAAAAUAUUGUGACUGGAACUCUGAGAAACCUGUGUGAUUUUUCUGACCUCAGUGUGUCGAGGGGAGAGGCUCUAUGGGCGAGGUGAGCCCCCCCUCCUUCCUCUCUCCAUCACCUGGGUCUCCAGCUCUCGGCACACCGUUCCCCCCCGUGUCCGGCUCCUGACCUACCAGUUUCUUUCUGUUUUGCACAAGCGUUGGAGAUGGUAGCUAGUUGCAUACGGCAAAACCCCAACUCUUGAGUGUGUAACUGUUGAGGCGCUCUUGUCUGUAUUAGUGUACUUUUCCUCAGUGGCGGCAGGGGUGGCCUUCUCCAAACCUAAAAAAAAAAAAAUCUGAUUAAGCAGAGCAGCAACGCAACAAGUGUGAGCAUCACGGCAGGACAGACAGAAAACGAUAGACAUUAAAAGUAGAUCCGACUUGUUGGAGAGCGUGAUUGAAAGCUGAUGGAGGCGCCCUCCGUACCUUUGACCUCUGCCCUUUCUUUUGCCUUGACAACGUGCCCCAUGUGGUGAUGUGAAUGUGUGAAGACCGCCCUAGGUCCACCUUGGGUCCUUUAUUGGCUUUUUAAGCGCAUGUAAAACGUAAACAAUUUAAGAAACUUAUUUAAAAAAAAAGUGAAAAAUAAGAAAACUAAGCCUUGCAAUGAUGAUGUGGAUGUGUUCUUUUAUCUUUCUUUUGCUUGGAAGAAACGAGAUGGAAAAGUGGAUUGUUCAUGUAAUAAAAACUAUAACUUUCGUUUAAGGUGGAACCUUUAUCCAAACUGCAGAACCUCAUGCCCAUAGUUUUGUGACGUGUUAGAUGCUACAUAAAACAGAUAGUAUAUAUCCUUGCAUGUUGACCUAUUUGGAUGGUAUGAAAUGGAACUGCCUUGCUCAAAGAUAUAUAUAUACAUAUAUAUAUACAUAUAUAUGUAUGUAUGUAUGUAUGUAUGUAUAUAUAUAUAUAUAUACACACACAUACACUUCUACAGUACUGCUACUUUGGACUUCAUUUACAAGCCAAUGUUCUUUUUAGAAUAUGGAUCUCACACAAAGACACCAUAAGCCCAGAUUUACAUUUGUGUCCCUUGUCCUUCAUCACAGGUCAUUAUUAGUUUAGUACACAGUAGAUGCAAGUUAAGUCUUGCUCUGUUUUUGCUGCUAUUACAUCUUCUUUUUAUAGUUUUCUGUUACAUUUGUUCUAUAUCAAUUGAGCCCAGAACAGAAAAUGUACUUUUACAUUUUUGAGUUAUGAAGCUUGACUCAAGCAACUAAAGAUGGCCACUUAUGAAAGCAAACAGUUUAUUGCAUAAAGAGCAACAAGAGACUGCAUUAGCACGCCACCAUGUGUCACAAAAACAUGUUACUGUUCCUUUUAGAAUGUAUACACAUGAUUUAGCAUAGAGAUAAACAACUUUCGAACAGGAGUGGCACAAUGGGUUUUAUAGUUUUUAUAGGUUUUACUUACAUUUAAGACUGAUUUUGGCUAGUGACUGUUUCUUUCUUAGCCCUUGUGUCACAUGUGUGUGAAAUGUCCAAGUCAUUGUCCAUGAAUCACUGUCUGCAGAAACAGUAGGAUGAAUGUCUGUUAACUUGGAGGGGGUACAUUCACAAAGCGUCUGCUGGACAUGGAAUAAACAUAUCAAACUAAUCAUAUUGAAAAUGAGGGGAAUAAAGAUUCAUUAAGGGACUUGAAUAACUCACGCAAAGCUGGCAUUAAUAUUGUAAAAAACGUACUUCUGAACCCCCUUUCAUUAACGUAGCCAAUGUAUAUUGUGUCUAGAUACCCAAAGUGUCCCCUCACUGCCGUGUGUUAGAGAUAACACACGGUGAGCCCUGCUCUGUCGUUGUGAAUCUACCCCCCGGUGUAACAUCCUGUCCUUCCUUCCACCCCCGUAUCUUUCCCUGCAACAAAGGUCGUCUGCUAGUAGCCACCUUGUGUUGCCAAGGCCACAGAUAAAGUUUCCACCUUCAAACGUUUUUUAGGAACUUAAAAUGUCCUCCUAGCUCAGUGUUAUAGCAGGUGUUACAGAAACAUGCUAGAAAAUACUUUUAUUAGACCAUAUUU